CCUCGCACGCUCCUCGCCGCAUCACGCCGAUCAAGCACCACUACGCGACCGCGACACAAACUUGUACACGGUCACUUUAACAUACGAACUUUCUUAAACUUUCAAAAAGUUAAUUUUGAACUGCUCAAAUUUUGGAUAAGGUAUAAUUACAAACAUUCAAAGGAACUAUAACUUUUAAAAACUUAAGAAUUUACUUUAGAGUACAUGUUAGUAUGUGUAAAAGUUUUUAACAGACAUUGACAGUGGGUGAUGUGAUGGGUCGCCGCGACAGCAGUCACAUUAGCGGCGUGCGCACCCUCUUGGUGGCGGGCUGCGCGUGGGCAUGCGCGUUGCUCGCUGCCGCCGCUGACGCGCACGCCGACGUCGACACCUCCACUGGACAUGGAGACAAUACACUCACUAAUUCAGUGACGGAGGAGCCGGAGUUCACGGACGUGAUCCAAAACAUGACCGUGCCGGCGGGACGCAGCGUGCGGCUCGCCUGCUCCGUCAAAAACCUCGGCUCGUACAAGGUGGCGUGGAUGCACUUCGAGCAGUCGGCGAUCCUGACGGUGCAUAACCACGUGAUCACGCGCAACCCGCGCGUGAGCGUCACGCACGACAAGCACCGCACGUGGUUCCUGCAUAUCUCUGACGUGAGGGAAGAGGACCGCGGCCGGUACAUGUGCCAGAUCAACACCGUUACUGCCAAGACGCAGUUUGGAUACCUCCAUGUUGUUGUGCCACCGACGAUCGACGACUCUCUGAGCUCAAGCGAUGUUAUCGUCCGGGAGGGCGCCAACGUCACGCUGACGUGUCGCGCUAAUGGCUCUCCUAAGCCCACCAUCAAAUGGAAACGGGACGACAACUCAAAAAUCUCUAUCAGCAGAGGACACGUCGUGUCCGAAUGGGAAGGUGAAGUUUUGGAGAUGGCUAGAAUUUCACGGCUGGAUAUGGGAGCGUAUUUAUGUAUAGCAAGUAACGGAGUCCCUCCUACUGUUUCGAAGAGGGUCAAAGUUAGCGUCGAUUUCCCCCCGAUGCUGUGGAUACCUCAUCAGCUAGUUGGAGCUCCACUGUACUAUAAUGUAACAUUGGAAUGUUUCACCGAAGCGCAUCCUACAUCUUUAAACUAUUGGACUAGAGACGACGGACAUAUGAUACAUGAGAGUCCCAAGUACCAUAUGGAGAACACGGUCGGGGUGCCAGCUUACAAGACUCAUAUGAAACUACUCAUCAGACAUAUUGUCACUGAAGACUACGGAACAUAUAAAUGCGUUGCCAAGAAUCCCAGAGGAGAAUCUGACGGCACCAUACGUCUAUACACUUCUUCGCCGCCGACAACGACGCCAGAUCCUCGAGCUAUGACCGUCCCGCCACCUUCGCGACCACCCCGUCGUGACGCACCUAUAACAGACAAAGGCACUAAGUACCAAUCGAACCUGAAUGAGAUCGACAAAGGCAAGCAGAAGACGGACGAGGGCGGUGGGAAGUCGCACCUCAACUGGGCAGCUCCAUCGCAAGCCAAAGAUGAUGCUGAUUGGAGGAGAAGCAAUUCAUGGAUUUUAGUUCUAUUACCUGUAGCUUAUUACUUUUAGACACAUUAUAAACAUCCAUUCAUCCAAAUAUGCACUGUCCAUUGUAUGUAUAUGUAUCACUGCGCAUAAUUAAAGUAAAAAGCCGCACCUAGCACAAAAUAAUUUACUAUUAGUGGCAUUGCCAUCAUAUCAGUUACGUUUACGAUAGCAUUCGAAUUGCGAACUUUUGCGGAUCCUAUUAUAACCUAUUUUACUAUACUUACCUGUUUUUUUAAAUUCAACAUGAUUAAUAUAACGACUCCUGUUUAUGAGAUGUUGGAAAACACUAUACUUAAUCAGUAUGUGUAAACUCAAUCUCUUUUCAAUAAAGUUGCCGCCCCGUGUAUGAAUGUUUUAUUAGAAAUGAUUGUAUAAGUAAAAAAAGUUAUAGUAAUAAGUUAUAAAAUUGUCCUCGAAAACAGGUACUUUAGAAUAGGAAAUAUGUUAAUUAAAUGGUAGAACUUGUAUAUCCAUAUUUGAUAUAUUAUAGUUUAGUUUUAUGUUUCAGAUAAUCAUAACCCGAAAUGAUGUUUUAUAUGUAUAAACGUUGUUGUUAUUUAUAUAAUAAAAUAUAAUUAUUAUGAUGUACAACAGUUCCUUGCUGUAAGUAGUCGCGGUUAAGCAGAGUUUUGUCAGUUGUCUAGAUUAUGUUUCGUGUGUUUUCAUUCAAGUCGUGGACGUUGAUUUCACUUUUCACGAAUUUCUGCUUAAUCGUGCACUAGGUAUAUAAAAAAUCACUGCACACGUAUUAAUAUAAUAUAAAGUGCACUAUUAUCAUAACGGUUAUUUUAACAUAGACUAAGACUGAAUGAAAUAUAAAAAUAAAUCUUAGAGUAUUACUAUUACUUUUUGUGCUUCUGUAAACCUCAUGUUCGCUGUGAUAAAACACUUACAAACCAGCAUUACAUAUAGUCGUGAUAAUCUCGACAAAGUGAAAUUGUAUUUUACAAAAUUGUAUGUAAUUAUGAAGAAAUAUAGGUGCGAUUAUUUUAUAUCUUCAUUUGUACUUUUAAUUAUCAAAAAUAUUGGUAUAUUCAAGUUAAGUGUGCGAUGUGUCUUCUAAAACCCAAGUUUCUUCCGUCAAUUAAAGUCUAUACAUAGUAUUGUAUGUAAAUGUUACCGUUAAACAUGUUGCCAAAAUGCUAAAUAUAAGAUAAAUGCUACAUAGAUAGGCAUUUUGUAAAUAUAUCAUUUAAGCCAAAGCAAUGGAGUGUCUUUUUAAUAAACAGAGUGUACCUAUUGAUUGUUGUGCGUUCAUUGUACGGUAUGCGAACGAUUGUAACAAGCAGCUACGUAACUUCACGUAAUAAUACCGAAUGAGUAGGUUAUGUGCUAAAUAAAGCUUGUUUUGAAUAA